AUGUGCUCACCUCCACCCAGCGUGCGCAUGCCCUCACCUCCACCCAGCGUGCAUGUGCUCACCUCCACUCAGCAUGUGUGUGCCCUCACCUCCACUCAGCUUGCAUGUGCUCACCUCCACCCAGCGUCGUCGUACCCUCACCUCCACCCUGCAUACAUGUGCCCUCACCUCCAGCCAGCGUGCGUGUGCCCUCAUCUCUACUCAGCGUGUGUGUGCCCUCACCUCCACUCAGCGUGCAUGUGCUCACCUCCACCCAGCGUCGUCGUACCCUCACCUCCACCCUGCAUACAUGUGCCCUCACCUCCAGCCAGCGUGCGUGUGCCCUCAUCUCUACUCAGCAUGUGUGUGCCCUCACUCCCACCCAGCGUGCACGUGCCCUCACCUCCACUCAGCGUGCGUGUGCCCUCACCUCCACCCUGUGUACACAUGGCCUCACCUCCACUCAGCGUGCAUGUGCUCACCUCCACCCAGCGUGCGCGUGCCCUCACCUCCACCCAGCGUGCCAUGUGCUCACCUCCACCCAGCAUGUACGUGCCCUCACCUCCACCCAGCGUGCAUGUGCCCUCACCUCCACCCAGCGUGCAUGUACCCUCACCUCCACCCAGCGUGCACGUUCUUCUCACCUCCACCCAGCAUCCAUGUGCCCUCACCACCACCCAGCGUGCGCGUGCUCACCUCCCCACAGUGUGCACGUUCCCCUCACCUACUCACAGCGUGCGCAUGCCCUCACUCCCAUCCAGCGUGCAUGUGCCUCACCUCCACUCAGCUUGCAUGUGCUCACCUCCACCCAGCGUCGUCGUACCCUCACCUCCACCCUGCAUACAUGUGCCCUCACCUCCAGCCAGCGUGCGUGUGCCCCUCAUCUCUACUCAGCGUGUGUGUGCCGUCACCUCCACUCAGCGUGUGUGUGCCCUCAUCUCCACUCAGCGUGGGUGUGCCCUCACCUCCACCCUGUGUACACGUGGCCUCACCUCCACUCAGCGUGCAUGUGCUCACCUCCACCCAGCGUGCGCGUGCCCUCACCUCCACCCAGCGUGCAUGUGCUCACCUCCACCCAGCGUCCUCGUGCCCUCACCUCCACCCAGGGUGCGCGUGCACUCAUGUCCACCCUGCGUACACGUGCACUCACCUCCACCCAGCGUGCAUGUGCUCACCUCCACCCAGCGUGCACGUGCCCUCACCUCCACCCAGGGUGCGCGUGCCCUCGCCUCCACUCAGCAUGCGCAUGCCCUCACCUCCACCCAGCGUACACAUUCCCCUCACCUCCACUCAGUAUGGGCGUUCCCUUCACCUCCACCCAGCAUGCACAUGCCCUCACCUCCACUCAGCGUGUGCAUGCCCUCACCUCCACUCAGCGUGCACGUGCCCUCACCUCCACCCAGCGUGCACGUGUCCUCACCUCCACUCAGCGUGCCCGUGCCCCCACCUCCACGCAGCGUACAUGUGCCCUCACCUCCACCCAGGGUGCGCAUGCCCUCACCUCCAGUCAGCGGUGCGCAUGCCCUCACCUCCAGUCAGCGUGCACGUGCACUCACCUCCACUCAGCGUACGCGUGCAAUUGCCUCCACCCUGCGUGCGUAUUCCCCUCACCCUCCACUCAGCGUGCACGUUCCCCUUACCUCCAUCCAGCGUGCACGUUCCCCUCACCUCCACCCUGCGUGCACGUUCCCCUCACCUCCAGCCUGCAUGCACGUUCCCCUCACCUCCACCCACCAUGCACAUGCCCUCACCUCCACCCACCAGUGUGCGUUCCCUUCACCUCCACCCAGCGUGCACGUGCCCUCACCUCCACUCAGCGUGCACAUGCCCUCGCCUCCACUCAGUGUGCGCAUGCCCUCACCUCCCGUACCCUCACCUCCACCCAGCGUGCACAUGCCCUCACCUCCACUCAGCGUGCACGUGCCCUCACCUCCACCCAGGGUGCGCAUGCCCUCACCUUCAGUCAGCGUGCACAUGCCCUCACCUCCAGUCAGCGUGCAUGUGCCCUCACCUCCACUCAGCGUAUGCGUGCGAUCGCCUCCACCCUGCGUGCGUAAUUCCCCUCACCUCCACUCAGCGUGCACGUUCCCCUUACCCUCCAUCAAAGCUGGGCACGUUCCCCUCACCUCCACCCCGCGUGCAUGUCCUCACCUCCACCUGCAUUCACGUUCCCUCACCUCACCCAGCGUGCACGUUCCCCUCAUCUCCACCAGCGUGCACGUUCCCCUCACCUAA